AUGGCUGAAGAACGUGCUGCCCCUCUCCGUCUUGGAAGCACUGCUCCUGACUUCGAGGCUGAAACUACCAACGGCAACAUCAAGUUCCACGAGUUCAUUGGCGACAACUGGGUCGUUUUCUUCUCUCACCCCGAGGACUUCACCCCUGUCUGCACCACUGAGUUGGGUGCUUUCGCAAAGCUCGAGCCCGAGUUCAGCAAGCGCGGCGUCAAGCUCAUUGGUCUCUCAGCAAACACCAUCCAGUCCCACGGCGAGUGGAUCAAGGAUAUUGAUGAGAUCUCUGGCUCUACCCUCAAGUUCCCUAUUAUUGGUGACAAGGACCGCAAGAUCUCAUGGGCCUAUGAUAUGAUCGACCACCAGGACACCACCAACGUCGACUCUAAGGGCAUUGCCUUCACCAUCCGCUCUGUCUUCAUCAUUGACCCCAAGAAGACCAUCCGUACCAUUCUCUCCUACCCUGCAUCUACCGGUCGUAACGCCGCUGAGGUCUUGAGAAUUGUUGACUCUCUCCAGACUGGUGACAAGCACCGUAUCACCACUCCCAUCAACUGGGUCCCCGGUGAUGAUGUUAUUGUUCACCCCGGCGUCAGCAACGAGCUCGCCAAGGAGCUCUUCCCUGACUUCCGCAUCGUCAAGCCAUACCUCCGCUUCACUCCUCUUCCCAAGGAGAAGACUACUGCUGCUUAA